GUAGCGUAAAACAAUACAAAUUUUAGAGAGGCAUCGGCAGCUGCUUCUUUCUUAGUAGGAAUGGGUAACUUAGAUUCAGGUUGUGCUGUUCUUCCACACUCUCUACCAAUCCUUUUAAUAUUGCUAUCCUGUGUAUUUGGGCUGUCACUCGGUACGGAACUGAGUUUUGUGACAUGCGGAUCUGUCCUUAAACUGUUAAAUAUAAAGCACAAUGUAAGGCUACACUCGCACGACGUACGCUACGGCUCCGGUAGCGGGCAGCAGUCUGUAACAGGGGUGACUGCAGUGGAAGACAGUAACAGCUACUGGAGUGUCCGUGGGACAAGUGACGCCUUGUGCCAUCGGGGCACACCGGUCAAGUGCGAGCAGACUAUUCGCCUCACCCAUGUCAACACAGGCCGUAACCUGCACAGCCACUACUUCACCUCCCCGCUGUCCUCUAACCAGGAGGUGAGUGCGUUUGGCGACGAAGGGGAAGGAGACCACCUGGACGAGUGGACAGUUCUUUGUGGGGGAUCUUUGUGGAAGCGCGAGGAGGCCGUCCGCUUCCGUCACAAGGCCACUGAUGCACUACUAUCAGUGACAGGGGAGCAGUAUGGACGGCCAAUCCACGGUCAGAGGGAAGUUCACGCCAUGUCGAGCCCCAGCCAGCACAGCCUGUGGAAGGCCGUGGAGGGUAUCUUUAUGAAACCCAGCGAGAUCCCAAUGGGCAGCCGAGACUACAGUCACCUACACACAGAGUUUUAAACUUUUUUUCUUUUCUUCUGUCCCUUCCCAUUGUCCUCUCUUUCUACAAUUGUAUUCCUUCCUCUGUCCCUAAUUUCACCCGUACCAUCAACCUCUUGUCUCAUUUUUCUCUCUCAUCACCUUUUGACUGUCAGUCUUUUGAGGAGACUGUGCCAAAGUCUGUCAUGGAUCAGGGUACAAUGACUUCACCUCAUCAAUCCAUACCAACCUCUCUCACAUUCAUUGUAUUUAGGAAACUCUACUUGAAUCCUCAGAAAUCCAGCAGCUACAGUACUAAGCUACCAAGCUAACAACAUUUGAAUAGUAUUAUAGUUUGCCUUAAUGGGUACAAGAAGACAUAAAGAUAUUAAAAAGGCUGUUUUACUGUACAAAGACUAAUCUUUUUUACAGUUUGGGACAUUUUACAUCGUCUCAGCUGUUAUUUAUUGUUAAAUAACUGCCAUCAGCAGUCACACCACGACACAAAAGGCAGUGUAGAUUUUCAGAACUACAUUUGAGUCAUCAAGUGAGUCUUGUGUUUUUUUUAAGUAAAAGAAAACAUUAUUAGACCUGUGCCUUUAUCCUUUUUGUGUUUACAUUGUGGAGCGGUUUCAACUUUUGGAGACAUAAGAAUUUAAUGUGUUUUUAUGAUAUUUGUAAGCCAAAUUCUACUCGAACAAUAGAUAAGCAGUGUUACCGGUGUAAAUUACCUUUUCCCCCUUUAAUUCCGAUCCAGUGUUGCAUAUAAUAAAUUAUUCAACGCUAACUGACAUAAGAGAAUUUUUUUUAUGUGUACAUCGUUGAACUGGAUGCUGGAUGUCAUCGUUUGAUCAGUUUCAAAGUGCUAGGAGAAAGUACAGUGUUUUGCAUUGAUGCUGUCUGUGCAUGCAUAUAUGUGUUAGAUAAACUCUCUGUUCCAGAGGUUCAUAUGAGCAACAAACAUGCAAUGAAUACCUCAUAUUAAAGUGAUUUUUAUGCAUAACA